AUGCCGUUGUCAAAUCGCCGUCGCGCGCGGCGCAAGGAAAUUCAACUGCAGGAAACGUCUGAUGCGGAAGCACCAGACUCGUCGCCCACUCGUCCCUCCGCAAAGAAGCGCAAGGUUGAUCGCCGCGCCUCCCCUUCACGAACUGGAGUCAAGCACGAGUCCGGCGACGAAGCCGAGGACUCGGCGGCGGACCAUGAUACUUCUACUCAUCAGGAUACCGUCGACUUGGUAAUCUCGUACCUAAAUAUGCCCCGCGAAGAAUUGCGCGUCACUCGCGACCACUCCAAUACCAAGACCGAGAACAAGCAAAGUAUCCAGGCCUACGCCAAGAUCGCCGGCCGCAACUGGACCUACUACGUCAAGACGCUGCAUGUCAAUAUCGGCCGCGAACCGGACCGCGAGCAGAGAUCCAAUGAACAAUCAAGUCCCGUUACAAUCGCUGCCCGUGCGCUCCCCGACGUGCAUGUCGAUUUGGGCCCAAGCAAGUUUGUUUCGCGUCUGCAUGCCGAGAUCUUUUAUGACGGCGAACAGACGCCUGCGUGGCAUAUCCGGGUUAACGGCCGCAACGGUGUCCGUUUGAACAAUGCGAUUCUGAAACGCGGUGUCGAUGCCAUUCUCUCUUGCGGCGAUAUCAUCGAGGUGGCCAACUGCCAGAUGAUGUUUGUGACGCCCGGUGACGACGCCAAUAUCCACCCGAGCUUUAUCGAGCGCGCUCAGCGUAUCGCCAGCGGCCAGGAACCCGACCCGGCUACUCAGGCCUGGGACGCUUCGCAACAUUCCCAUCCCAAGGCCUCGCAGAUGACCGAGUCGGCGAGACCCUCGUCCUCCGGUGGCCCUUCAUUAGCACCGCCGCCGCAGUUCCUCAAUCGCAAUGUCACGCCGCCCCCGCGCUCGCCUGAUACUGCUGGCCAGCGCACGGCUAAGCAGUCACCGCUUUACAACCGCGGUAUGAUGAUGGAGAGCACGGAAGAGAUCGAUUACAGCAAGGACGCGGCCAAGGACCUGAAGCCGCCUUACAGCUAUGCCACGCUCAUUGCGCAGGCUAUCUUCUCUAGUGAAGAAGAGAAGCUUACGCUGAACAGCAUCUACAAUUGGAUUAUGGAACGAUAUGCUUUCUACCGACACUCGCAGAGUGGCUGGCAGAACUCCAUCCGUCAUAACUUGUCUUUGAACAAGGCGUUCCAGAAAGUGCCCCGCAGGACGGAUGAGCCAGGAAAGGGAAUGAAGUGGCAAAUUGCAGCAGAGCACCGUGAGGAGUACCGCAAGAAGCAGAUGCGGAAGGGUGCCCAAUCUUCUGCUCCCUCUUCGCCUGCCACCAAGGAGCCGCCAUCGUCCGCUACGCGUGGAGCGCACCUUGCCUCAUUGGAUACUUCUUCAUUCUCAGCCACAGCCAAGAAAUCCCCGCCUGUCUCGUCUCCAGGGUUCAGUUCAUUCCCAGUGGCCCCUGUAGAGGCUUACACUCCGGAGCGUGGCUCGCGCAUUGGUCGGGGCAUGGGCUCGGAUCACCCAUUGCGACAUAUGAGCCCUCGAGACUACGAAGAGCCCUCUCCGCUACCAGCUCGCUCGCAUACCAACCAUGCUAGCUCUAGCCAAGCGCAGAACAGCACCAAUAACCUCAGCCGCGCAUACGGGCUCUCGGACAACGUGGCCGGCUCACCACCAGUGCUCUCGUCAUCGUACUAUGACGAAGGCCCUUCUUCAAUGAUCACACCGGCACCCCAGCGCCAACAACCCCGACUCCCGCCUCCCAGCACCGCGCAGAUCCCGUCCAAAUUUAUGCCAAUGAGCUCGCCGGCUCAGUUCUGGAAGUUUGCUGAUAUCGGAAGCACGCCAGCCCGCCAUGUCCCGGACAUGAGUCCGUUAAAGGGUGAGCCUGACGACCGUAUCAUUGGAGGAUUCCCCAGCAGCAGUCCACCGCCGCCCAACUUGGCUAGUCCUAGUAAACCCGGCACUUCAAAUGGUCUUGGCUCUAGCCGGACAUUACCGCCGUUGCAGUCGGAUGGCGGUGAGAAGGGGCCCAAUGCAGUGCGCAAGGAGGAGCAGAGAAUGGAAGACGAGGAAGACGAGAGCAACGCAGGCUUUGACCUGGCUCGUGGCUUCCAACCCAUCGGUUCCUACCAUCGACAGUUAAGCAAUGCUGCCCGAGCUACAGCCACUUAA